UCACACACACACACACACAUAUUCACUGAUCAGUUUGUAGCUACUAAUAAAAUUAAAGCUAAUUUCUGCAUCACUUUCUCUUUCCAUCUUCUAGAAUCUAGACCUUCAAAUCAUGUAACAUGUCGCUAUAUAUGUAAUUAAGGACAGGAUACAAUUUUCACGGAAAAUUUCUGCCUCUCUUUCUCAUUCUUAUUUAAGUUACCGGUGCAUACAAAUAUGUUCACAAUAUCUGCUUGUACACACACACAUUCUCCACAGCACACAUAUACAUUCCGUUAAGUCUUGUAGUUCACACUUCUAAACACUAAUUUAACCGAGCUAAUCUAGUGAGGGUCUGUUUAUUUCUUGAUGUUCAUAAAGAAUAAAACCUAUAGGGGUAUUUGGCUUCUCGUUCACUCGUCUGCCUCUGAUGCAGUCUGUGUAUCGCUUUCUAAACAAAUGCAUUUCCUUAUUUAUUAGACCUACAGAGAGGGCCCAGCGGGGUAUGCCAAGUGCAAAAAGACUAAGUAAAAGGCACUCCACUAAGCUGAGGAACUUCAUAACGCGAUUGGCUCUACUACACCGUGAUUCCAACCAUCUCUUCCAGGAGGAAUUUGAUGAACUGCGUAGCAGCCAUGGGAAACAAGCCUUACAAUUCAAGAUGCUUGUGGGAAAUAAGCCAGUCAACCGUGUAAAGAAUAGGAGUCAGCAUGCUAUUCCAUUUGACCAUGCACGAGUAGCAUUAAUCAACAGCGCACAGGACUACAUCAACGCCAGCUACAUCGCACUGCGCAUCACCAGCACCACGAAUUAUUUACUUUUUGUGUCCACUAUUGACAGGGAGCUGAUUCUCCUUGUGAAUACAUAG